AUGUCGAUUGUACCUAUAAUAACUUUCAAGGCCGGUAUCUGUGAGGCCGACACCUCCAGUAAACCUUAUAAGGUCAAGCCCCAGGCGAUACCUGGCUACAUUUAUCUCUAUUCCGAAGAUGACUUGAUCCACUUCUGCUGGCGUGAGCGCAGUGCCGCCAUGGACGCCCCCGACCUCGACCUUGUCAUGGUACCUAUGGACGGCGAAUUCGUUCCCCAUACACCUGCCGACCAACCCACAGCGAAGACCAACGGUCGUGUCUUCGUUCUCAAGUUCGGUUCCUCAUCCCAGAGACACUUCUUCUGGUUGCAGUCAAAGCCCCAAUCCCGCAACGGCGACCCCAGCUGGUUCAGCCCACGCGACAAGAAGAUCGGCGAAAUUGUCAAUGCACUCCUUCAGGGUGAGGACGUUGACGUUGGUAGAGAGCUGGCGCAAGUCCACAACACCGAAGACAGGCGGGACGAUGAUGAUGACGAGACAAUGGAAGAUGCAGAGGGCCAGGGAGACCGGAACGAUCAAUCCCGUGGAGCUAGCGGCGGUGCUGGGCCCGGUGCUACUGGCGGCGACGUUCGUGAAGAGGGCGAAAAUGCUAGAGAGGGAGGAAGCGACGGUGCUCGAGCCGCUGCUGGAGGCGGUAACACCGAUGCGGAUGCUGCUGUUCGAAACUUCUUAGCCUCAUUACAAGGUAACUCUGCCUUGAGCCAAUCUCAACAGGGCGGGCAGCAACACGCGGACAAGCCCUUCCCAUACCUGAAUCACUUGCUUCCGAACGAGAUCACCAUUCCGAUGCUUCGGUCAGCUUCUGAGGAGUAUAUCGAUAGUCUACUUAGCUUCCUGCCACCAGCAAUACUCGUUCUGGCCACCGAUUCUGACGACUUGGGUGACUCGGAGCCCACCGCCGAGGCAGCUGCAGCUGCGAAGGCCACUCUGAGUCUGGCAGAGAAGAAAACCUUGCUUGAGAGGGUUCUCAGGAGUCCCCAGUUUCAUCAGGCUUUGGGCAGCCUGACUAUGGCCCUUCGGGAUGGCGGUCUUCCCACUGUUGCAGAGGCACUCAAGGUCAAGGUACCCAACGGUGGUUACAUGAGGGGCGGUGCCAUGCCCCUUGGGGGCGGUGAAGCUGUGGAGGCGUUCGUUGAAGGCGUCAAAUCAACGGUCAAGGAGAAUAAGCAAGCUUAG